GCUGAUGAGUCGCAUUGGCCUGGGCACGGGUGGGGCCCACGAGCAGCUCCUGUCAGUGAGAAGCCUGGAGCAGAGGAACCAAGUCCAAGACAACAGCAGCAUAUGGGACACAACGUGCUUCACCUCCAGUGAUCUGCUGGAGAUCUACCAGAUCCCCAUCAAUGGCACAAUCUCUCGCAGUCAAUUUGUUCAGCUGAGCCCUGCCUUGAUCCAGCAACUGCUGAGCGGGGCCUGCUCUCUGCGUCCAAGCCCAGAGCACCCAAAGGAUCAGCUGACCACAGCAGAAAAAUAUAUUUACGGCACUGUUGCGACACUGCUGGUGAGCCUGGCUGCCGUGUUCGGCAUUGUGAUCGUUGCCUUCACUACCUGCGGCAACGCGUAUCAAUACGUUAUCCAGCUCUUCAUCAGCCUGGCUGUAGGCUCACUGAGUGGUGACGCUGUGCUGCAUCUCAUCCCAUCGUUCCUGAAUCUCCACAGUGACGCGCCAGACAUGGAUCACAGCCACUCCGAGGACUCUAUCCACGUCUGGAAACUGCUCGCUGUUCUCGGAGGCAUCUACAUGUUCUUCGUGAUGGAGCGCGUGUUCGGCAUCCUGAUGGGAGACGGCGAGGAGGAAGAUGACGGGCAUCACUGUGACCACGUGCUGGCAAUCCAGUCAUUCAAGGACGAGCAGAACAAGCAUCAAACAAUGUCCCAGGUGGACCUGGUGACCUCAGAGAUGCCCCUGGAUUCUGAGAUUAAGCAACGCACGAGUAAAGAGCUGCGAUUGCUACCGUACAUGAUUGUUAUAGGUGACGGGAUCCACAAUUUUGCGGAUGGGUUGGCUAUAGGAGCCGCCUUCUCUAUGUCCUGGAAGGCUGGACUUGGUACAGCGACUGCAGUUUUCUGCCAUGAACUGCCUCACGAAAUGGGUGACUUUGCAGUCCUGCUGCACGCAGGUGUGUCUAUAAAGAGGGCCAUGCUGAUGAACCUUGGGAGUGCCAUGACCGCCUUCAUUGGCCUAUACAUCGCACUGGGAGUUGCCACGGAUCCUAUGGUUCAGCAAUGGAUAUUCACGGUCACUACAGGGCUCUUCCUGUACGUGGCCCUGGUAGAUAUGCUGCCUGAGAUGAUGCGAGCGAAAGACAGCAAUCCCUGGCUGUUGUUUUUUCUACAGAAUGUGGGCCUGGUGCUGGGCUGGGUCUUACUCCUGCUUCUCUCACUCUUUGAGGACCAGAUCCACAUCUGAAAGAACAAGGACCUCAUCCGAUCCUGGCAGCUCUGUCGCAAUUGUGUGUCA